AUGCUGAAAGAAUCACUGCCCAAAGUGCAAUUUUUGAGUGUUGCACUCAAUAAUUCGGAUAAACACAAGAUGGAAGAACAGAUAGAGGAGAUGACUAAAACAUUCCUCGAAAGAGGCUAUCGACGUCAGGAGUUGCUCAAGGCACAACAAGAAGCAAGAAAUGCCAAUGCCAAUAUGCAAGUUAGAAAGCCACCAGCAAUGGUAUUCCCAAUGGCCAAUAAUGACGCUUCACCUAAAAUAGCCAAAAUCGUCAAACAAAAUUGGAAGAUGCUGGCAAGCGAUGAUACCUUGCCUAAAGUGUUCAAAGAAAACCCAUUGAUUUGUUUCAAAAGGAAUAAAACAUUAAAGGACAUAGUGGUACAUACAGACCCGACUAAAAGCUCCAGUCAAGAAGCAGCAAUCCAGUAUCGUGACAAUAAGGAACAUAGGAGGAUCUUUUAUACAGUUACCAUGGAGCUGACCAAAAUAUUACUGCUGAUUGUGGCUGAAUGGACGAUUGGCCUGGCUUUACCUGUGCAGGUCUUCAAUAAAGCAUAUGAAGAAACCAUCAAUGACCUACGUAAAGAAGCUAAAACAGUUUUCGAACUGAUAGAAGCUGCAAACAAAGAUAUUAGCAAGCCUCUAGUGCAUGGAGACAUUGUCAUUAAUACUGGCCGGGGUGUGAAGAAUUGCUAUAGUUGCUUCUGGCCGGCAUCCCCGGAUGGAGUGGUUCCUGUCCCUUAUGUUAUUUCCUCAGUAUACUCAAGCAUUCAGAAAUUGCUUAUUACUGAGUCCAUGAAACAGAUUGAACUCAUGAGCUGUGUGAAGUUUGUUCAGAGAACAUCACAAUGGGACUAUCUGAGUCUUGAAUCUGGAAAUGGGUGCUGGUCAAAUGUAGCAAGGCAAGGUGGCAAACAGACUGUCAGUCUGGACAAGUCAGGCUGCCUGGGCUCAGGAACAAUCCAACAUGAACUUAUGCACUCUCUGGGAUUUUUCCAUGAACAUAGCAGGAGUGACAGAGAUAACCAUGUUGACAUCUUUUGGAAGUACAUCAGUGAUGCAAACAAGUUCAACUUUAACAUCGUGGACAGCAACAAUAUGAACCUUCCGUAUGAUUAUACAUCAGUCAUGCAUUAUCAAAAUAUGGCUUUCACUAACACCCCUGGUCACGCUACCAUAGCUGCAAAAGGCAAUGCUUCUUUACCACUUGGACAGAGUAUAGGAAUGAGCCACCUGGAUGUGAUCAAACUUAACAAACUCUAUAACUGCAAUGUCUGCCGAGUGAAACUAAUGGAUCAAUCAGGGUCUUUCUCAACUGACAAUGUCUCAUUCGGACAAGAUCGUAGUUGCCUCUGGUUAAUUCAAACUGACUCUUUCAAACUGGUUCAUCUUCAGCUCAGUGACAUUAAUAUCCCUGCUUCCGUUGGAUGCUCUGACAGCUAUAUAAAGGUUUAUGAUGGGAACAGCAAAUCUUCUAGUGUUAUCUUGGACAAGACUUGUGGAGCUGGAAUAAUCCCACCACUUAUCUCUUUUGGGAAUAGCAUGCUAAUAGAAUUCAUGAGCAAUCAGACGCCAUAUCUUAGCAGAUUUAAUGCUUUCUAUGAGACAGUUUCUUAUGGAGGAACUUUAACCAGCCCUUCUGGAAGAAUCAUCUCUCCAUCCUAUGGCAAGGCAUAUCCCAACGAUAUAGAUGCUGAAUGGUCCAUUAUAGCUCCACCACAGUCUAAAGUGUUUCUGGAAUUCAUUGAUUUUGACCUGCAAGAUUGCUCAGGUUGUUCCUGUGACUCUCUGACUAUAAUUGAUGGCGCCAGAUCAACUUCCCCAGUCCUGGGCAAAUACUGCAACACUGAUGUGCCCGAUUCUUUGACAUCUUCUGGAAAUGUGAUGAUAUUGAGGUUUCACAGCGAUAACCAGACAAGUUCUGUUGGUUUCUUUUUAUCAUAUUUCUUUGGAUGGACACGGCCCGAGGUUGUAUAUUAUUCCAUCUACCAUCAGUCUGAAGUGGACAUUCGGGGAGGUCUCGAGAAAGGCCCACCUCAAGACUUCACCCUUAUGCUGAGAUUAGUAAACGGUGUACAACCGCAGUUGGUCACUCUGAGUCACUAA